GCCUGUCCUGUUCGACACAGUGAUCUGCUGGCGAUUGCUCCGAGUGGUCGUGACCCAGUGAGAUGAGAUAGCACAACAAACGCAUUAACUGGCUGAUUUUAAACAUACUUUAUCGCAGGAUUCACUUAAGAAGCACCUGACAUGAGGAAAAUGCUUCCAUUGCCAUAUAGAGGUUCAACAAUCCAACUAGCGGUGGCGCUGUUGCUGCUGCUCAGUGUGACAAGCAGGGCUGAUUGGAGAUCAAGGUGUCCGCGGGGUUGCCGCUGCACCCAGAACGCGGAGGAGCACUUGGGGCUUAACCUGGCCUCCUGCAAGGGCGUGUCUUCCGUUCCUGCCCUCGGACCUGAGACCCAGGCGAUCAGAAUCAGGGACAGCGAGUUCGGCCGCGUCCCGGACAGCGCGUUCCAGCAAUUUAAAAACCUGAUUUACCUGUCGAUACGCAUGAGCAACGUUUUAGAAAUCGAGCCAGAUGCGUUUGCUGGUCUGGAGGCGCUCGAGCACCUCUUGCUGUCCCACAAUCUUGUGGAAAAUCUGGACAACCGGACGUUUCAGACCAACAAAAUGCUGCGGACUUUAGGGCUGAACGACAAUAGAAUGGAAAAAGUCGAUGAUCGGCUUUUCUGGAACAACUCGCUCCUGGAAAUUCUUGACCUGAGCAACAAUCGAAUCCACAGCAUCAACCCCGAGGCUUUCAAGCAAAACCGGAAGCUGUAUUUUCUCAAUUUGAGUGGCAACAACCUGACUCACGUGGAUGUAGCCAUCCUUUCCGAGAUGCCCAACCUCAGGAUCUUCCAGCUCGACGACAACCCUUGGCAUUGCGACUGCAGACUCACUCCUCUUCGCGAGUGGUUUGUUGGAAAAAGUGUCGAUCUGACGCAAACGCGGUGCCACGAGCCGGAAACGCUGAGAGGCAGGCCCUGGAGUGAAAUCAAGAGUGAAGAAUUUGUGUGCAGCCCUUAAAAUUGUAUAAUCUUAAAGGUCAUGUGUAUUAAA